UCUGGCAAACAGCUGAUUUCCGCGCACCGGCAAAAAGCUAAUGAAAAUAAAGUUAAUUAUUUUACCAGCCGUUUAUUAUGAACGAUAUUAAGCGAUUGAAGGAUCAGCAGCGCGAGAAGCAUCCCGGAUUCGAUGGUUACAUGGACUGCAUGACCCGUUCCCUUUUCACGGGGCUCGCCACAUUUUGUUUAAGCUUUUCCGGCACCUAUUUCGCCCAGAAGAUCGUGCAGUCCCGAAUUCGCUACCCGAGCAAGUACAACAUACUCAUCUCCUCGCUGGUGGCCACCGCUGUGUCCUACCAAACCACAUCGACACGCACCAAAGCCUGCCAAGCGGCGUGGAUGGCCUUUGAGGACAAGCAUUCCGUGCUCAAAGAGGAAACCUUUUAA